UCGGGUCAGCCCUGGAGGGAUAAAAGCCCGGCGGCGCGACGGCCCCGCUCAGAGUGCGCUACAGCCCGCCGCCGUCCCAGCAUGAGCCGCCUGGCCUUCCGCGCGACCACGCUGCUCGUCGUCCUCCUGCUGGUCGCCGGGAGCGCUGUGCAGACCCAGGCGAGAGAAUUGCGCUGCAAGUGCGUGAAUGUCUUGUCUCAGAAAAUUUCACCUGUAUUCGUUGCCUCUGUAGUUUUCAUACCUGAGGGACCACACUGUGUCAGGCCUGAAGUCAUAGUCACCAAGAAAGAUGGGAAACGAGUUUGCCUGAACCCCCAAAUGCCAUGGGUCGAGAGGCUUCUCCAAAAGAUAAUUAACAAGCAAAGGAACAAGCUGUGACAGAAACUAUAUUUGGAUUUGUAGCUGCAAGAGAGAAUGCUGCAACUGUGAAGAGGGGGGGAGAGAGAGAGAGAGAGAGAGAAAGAGAGAGAGAGAGAAAUUCCAGUGUGUAAAAAAGCCAGAAGAGAAGACAACCCGAAGCCUUAAUUAUUCCUCUACUGGUUCCCACUUUGUUGUAUUUAUUAUUCAAACAUACGUUAACGUAUUUAUUACUAUGUCUCCAUAUGGAGGCCGUCUGAUCAGUUCAGAUCAGAUACAUACUAGAUGCAAUACUGUAUGAUAUAUACUACACAUUUAAACUAAUUGACACUGAUUGCCUUCUGGAUGUUAGCAAUAGGUUGUGAGCCAUGCUGAAAUUUAUAGAAAAGUGGGAUAUAAAUACUCUUGAUAAAUGCAUGCCAAAAGGUGCAAGACAGCAGAAAGUUAUCCCCCAUCAGCCUUUAUGGGCCAUGUUCACUUCAGUGGAGCUUACCCAGAACCCACUGCUGAAUUGUCUCUAGGACAGCCUCUGUCAAGAAAAAAGCAGGCAGCAUGAUUAAGCAAGACUUUGAUCCAAGUUAAAAACGUGUUGGAGUCUGUCACCAGGGCCGCAACUAGGGGGGGCCAACCGGGGCAUGUGCCCCGGGUGCCGCACUGGUGGAGAGCCAAAAUGAGUGCUGGGGAGGGGGGCCAAAAUGGGUGCGGAAUCCAUGUUUGCCCCGGGUGACACAGACCUUAGUUGCAGCCCUGUCUCACUCAGGAUGCCUGAAGUGAGAACUAAAGGCCAAAUGCACCAGACAAAAGACCCCUUCGUUGGCAAGGGAGAGGCAGGACGCUACACUGCUAUUAAUACCAACAAGUGCUAAUACUUCCAACAUUUGAGAGGAAGGAAUUUGGGCUAUAGAUACUGUGUGAUGAAUUACAUAAAUAUAUGGGACAAAAUAUCGGGGAGAGUCAUUGAAGUAAAUGGAAGCUGUGUAAAAGCAUUACCACAUUUUUACUGAUACCUUGUUUCUAUGAAAACUGGGUGUCUUUUUUGGGAAAUUCUGUGACCUUCUGCUUUCAGUGGGCAUUUUAUAAAGUGUUUUAAUAUGACUAUUUAUGUGGAAAUGUUAACAGAAAUGUUCUAAAACAGAUUUUUAAUGUCUUCACUGUUUAUCUUGUGUUGCCAAAUUCCUUUCAGGCUUAGCAGAUUUGUUGCUUCUGGAAUAGACAAAAAUACAGCCACCAUGAAUGCACAUAUUAGAAACAAAACAUUUAAAAGUAUAUAAUUUUAGGGCUGAAUUACAUUUAUCAUUUUGGUGCAUGGAGCUGAUUUCUGGUGACUAAUUUAGUAAAGGUAAAGGUUUCCCUUGACGUAAAGUCCAGUCGAAUCCGACUCUAGGGGGCGGUGCUCAUCUCCGUUUCUAAGCCUUGGAGCCGGCGUUGUCAUAGACACUUCCGGGUCAUGUGGCCAGCAUGACGACUCGGAACGCCGUUACCUUCCCGCCGAAGUGGUACCUAUUCAUCUACUCACAUUUGCAUGUUUUCGAACUGCUAGGUGAGCAGGAGCUGGGAUUAACAACGGGAGCUCACCCCGCUGCGCGGUUUCGAACCGCCGACCUUCCGAUCGACAGCUCAGCGGUUUAACCCGCAGCGCCACCGUGGGUGACUAAUUUAGCAGUGCAUAAUUGUCCAGUUUAGACAUAUUAAUCCAAUUAUCUCCAUGAUAUUCUUUGAUGUUUCAAGUUUUCAGUUGCCUCUUGGCCCAAGUGGAUCAUCAAGAUAAUAUAUGUGACACAUUAUUAUUUCAUAUAUUACAAAUUAAUGGAAUUGGAACAAGCUGCAGUUAAUAUAAAAUAAUUGAGUACCAGUGCAGAAUGUCUUU